AUGUCCAGGCGUAUCGAGGCGUUUGUGAAACCCUAUCGUGGUAGUGGCGAUGAUUUCGAGGCCUUCUGGUCUAAGUUUUUAGUAUUAGCGAACCUCCAGCAGUGGAGUUCGAGCACAGACAAGAUGAACAAUUUACCGUUGUUUCUGGAGAACGAGGCCUACCUGGUGUGGGACGAGCUUUCGUCAACCGACAAAGCUGACCCGGAUGCGGUGAAAGCAACUUUGAAAAGUGCAUUCAGUACGACGCCUGCUGCGUCUUUCCAGAAAUUUCGUGCCCGCACGUUGCGGACCGAUGAGAGCGUCGAGGGGUACGCUGCAGACUUGAAGAAACUGCUAGUUGGUGCUGGCCAGAAAGUCGCGAGUGACGGCAAAGACCGUGUAGUCAUCGAGCAGUUCGUUGCUGGUUUGCCCUGGGAGUUUCAACGCCAGUUGCGAAUAAAUUGUUCCAUGGAGUCUGUAUCUGACUGUAUUGAGUAUGUCCGUCGCUUGCGGAGCGCGGAGGGUACAUCUCGUCCGAAAGAGCCGGUUGGCGCUGCGGCUGCUAGCUCCCAACGCAGCCGGAAUGUUUUAUGUUUUCGUUGUAAUCAGGCUGGACAUAUUUCCCGCAAUUGUCCCGCAAACCGGAGUUCUGGCAGCAGCAGAAGUCAUGGCAAUGGUGGUGGGCGGCCAGCUUUGACCUGUUUCUUCUGCGAUGAGACAGGUCACGUGAAGCCAAACUGUCCGGAGUACAAGAAGUGGCGCCAGUCCCGCCAGCAGUCUGACACGUCCUGGCGUGCAAAGGAGUCUGAAGUGCAGGCCGCAGCACCUGAGCGCACGCCUGAUCCAUGCCUCUGUGUGCCUGAUGCGAAUGCAUGCUCUUUGCCGCGUCUCCAUGUGGAUAUUGCUGUGGGAGAACAGUCUGCUCGCCCUAAGGCAGUCGUGGACACCGGCGCCAGCCGCAACCUGGUGAGCCGGCAGCUGGUGGAGGCCCUGAAUGUGGAUGUUCGUCCGUCCGAACUGGCAAUUUCGGCUAUUGACGGCAACAGUGUGCCUAUCCAGGGUGAAGUUUCGCUACAGGUGUCCAGACUCGAUGAUGCUGUUUAUCUGCCAUGCACUACGAGUCGGUUUCUCGUCGUCCCUGAUUUGCAUGCCGUUGGCUCAGAUCUGGUCAUUGGCCUGGAACUGAUUUCCGCACUGGGCGGUGUUGACGUCCAGUAUGAUCAUGGCGUGCUCACUGGUGUGACGUUUGGCACGAAACCGCAGACCAUUGACCCAGUUGCAGCUCCACCCGAGAGGUCGACCCAUGACCAUCCAUAUGGGCAUGUGACAGUUACCAGAGAUGACGAGGGUAAUGUCACCCUAGCAACGGAUGAUGGCCAAGUGUGCUGGGACGCUGCUCGUAAGAGAUGGGAGCUGACCUGGAAAUGGCAAAGUGGGAGCGAGCCUCAGUCGCCCGUUGGCUGUGGCAUAGGCGAGUACUCUCGCUCGAAACUGACUGAUGAGCAGGAGACCCUGUUCCAGCAGGAGGUCCGGACUUGGAUUGACAACGGCUGGCUGCAGCCGUAUGAUGUGGACCAACAUGGCCAGCCCAAGUGUGUGCUGCCUUUCCUUGCUCAAGUCCAGGAGCACAAGUCGUCCACUCCAGUUCGCCCUUGCUUGGACUAUCGCAGGCUGAAUGCCUGCAUCAUCUCACAUCCUGGCUCAGAAGCACCUGCCUGUGGUGAGAAAUUACGGAAGUGGCGGCAGGCUGGACCUGCAUCUGAGUACGUUCUCCUGGACAUUCGCAAGGCCUACUUACAGGUCCAUGUCGCACCAUCAUUGCUGCCAUACCAGGUUGUCCUCGUCGACGGCCAGCGUUACGUGAUGGAACGGAUGGCGUUCGGUCUAUCCAUUGCCCCCAAGUUCCUAGACAUCAUAGUGAAGUGGGUCUUGCGUGACGUGGUCGAUGCCGACAACUACGUGGAUGAUAUCCACGUGCCGCGUGACCGUGCUGCCGAAGUGUCCUCUCAGCUUGCUGCGUUUGGUUUUGAGACCAAGCCUGCAGAGCCAUUGCCUGAUGCCCGUGUUCUGGGCUUGCAGCUCCAUUCUAGCGCCACGGGUGAAGUCUUGUGGACCCGUCGUCAGGGUGUUGAUCUGUCUGUUCCACCCACGACUACGAAGCGGGAACUCUUCAGUUGGUGCGGUCGGGCGCUCAGCCAUUAUCCCGUCUGCUGUUGGCUUCGUCCGGCCUGCAGCUUCUUGAAGCGCCUCGUGUCUGGCCAGUCCGCAUGGGAUAAGCCUGUCUCUCCUGAAGUACAGCGGUUCCUCCAGGAACUGUCCGAUCGCUGUGUGCGAGAGGAUCCUGCUCAUGGUACGUGGCAUUCUUCCUCUACUGGUUCUGGUUUUGUUGUUCAUUGCGAUGCCUCUGAUGUUGCUAUUGGUGUUGUUUUGGAGUGUGAUGGUUCUGUCCUGGAAGAUCGUUCUUGGCUCCGGCAAAAGGACGACCGGCGUCAUAUCAAUCUUGCUGAGUUGAAUGCUGCCUUGAAAGGCCUCGAGCUGGCUAUUGAUUGGAAUGUCUCUUCUGUUGUGCUCAAGACAGACUCUAAGACUGUCUUUGGUUGGCUCCAGGCUGUGUUGCGCAAUACUGAACGGGUGCGAGUUAGUGGUUUGCAACAUGUCUUGGUUCAACGUCGUCUGCAGAUCUUUACAGAUUUGAUUGAGGCAUCCGGUAUUUCGGUCACAGUGGAAUGGGUGCCAAGUUCUGAGAAUCAUGCUGAUGUACUGACUCGUGUUCCGCAGCCGUGGGUUGCUCAUGCUAAGAAGUUGUGUUCUUCUGCUGAUGUCGCUGCUUCUGCCCCCUCUUCUACACUUUCACAUCCAUUGGAGUUUGACGUGUUGAAGUCUGGUCAAGCUACUGAUGAUGCUAUCCAGAGCGUUAUUCGCGAUUUGUCUCGUGACGUCUCUGUUUCUGAUCCGUCGUUCUGCAAGUUUCGUAAGCAGUUGUGUGUUAUUGAUGGUCUAUUGUGUCGCACUUGGCGUGACCCCGUCGACGGUGAGGUACUGGUUCCUGUUGCACCGCAAUCCACCGUUCCCGCUUUGAUUACUGCUGCUCAUGCCAAUACAGGUCAUGGCAAUUGGGAAACUAUGUGGCGUUCUCUGUGUCAGUCUUGUUUCUUUCCAGGUAUGUCUUCGCUAUGCCAGGCCUAUGUGCGUAAUUGUCAGGCCUGCCAGGCUGCCAAUCCCCGCAGUGGUCCACCAGCUCCUGCUGUUCAGAAUGACGUUCCUGUCAAGCCGUGGGACAUUGUCCAGAUCGAUACACUGGAGCUCGGUGUCAACCAGACCGGUCAGUACCAUUGUGUGUUAGUGGUUGUCGAUAUGUUUUCCCGUUGGGUCGAGGUGGUACCCUUGCGGCGUCAUGAUGGUCGCUCUGUUGCAGAGGAAUUUCUGCGUCUCUGUUUGAAGUUUGGUCCGCCGCGUGUGGUGCGUUGCGACAAUGGUCAUGAGUUCCGCAAUGCUAUUGUGUCUUCUUUGUUGGAUGUGUUUGGUGUUUGCGUUCGUACUGGUGCGGUCCGUCACCCUCAGUCACAGGGUGGCGCCGAGAGAUUCAAUCGUACUAUUCUCACUCUUAUUCGCAAGGUGUUGGAUACUGCUGCCGAUUGGCUAGCCGAGCUAGAGAUUCUCCUCUUCUUCUACCGUACUCGUCCGCAUAGUGAAUUGUAG